AUGCCCUCAGGUUGGGGCUGCCUGGACCUCACCUGCUACACUGACUUCCUGUGGACUGUUACCUGUGUCCUGGAGAUGCAGGGCCUCCAACCCAGCAUACUCACUCUCACCUGGAAAGACGAGUAUGGGGAGCUGGAUGACGAGGUCACCUCCUGCAGCCUGAGCAGGUCCAGCUACAACACCACGCAUGCAUGGUUCACGUGCCGCAUGCCUGUGUUCCAUUUCAUGGCUGAUGACAUUUUCAGUGUCAACAUGACAGACCAGUCUGGCAACAACUCCCAGGAGUGUGGCAGCUUUGUUCUGGCUGAGAACAUCAAGCCAGCUCCCCCUUUCAAUGUGACCGUGACCUUCUCUGGACACUAUGUUGUCUCCUGGCACUCGGAUUACGAAGCCCCUACCUUCUACCCGCUGAGGGGAAAACUGCAGUAUGAGCUGUGGUAUUGGGACCUGGGGGACCCCUGGGCUAUGAGGCUGGUGACCAAGCUGAUCUCAGUGGACUUGGGCCAUGUCUCCCUCCUCCCUGAAGAGUUCCACAAAGACUCCAGCUACCAGCUGCAAGUGCGGGCAGCACCCCAGACUGGCACCUCCUUCAAGGGGACCUGGAGCGAGUGGAGUGACCCUGUCAUCUUUCAGACCCAAGCUUCAGAGCCCAAGGCAGGCUUGGACCUUCGCCUGCUGCUGUUCCUACUGGUUGUCUUGGCCCCUGUCCUGGUUUUCCUGGGUCUGAAGAUCCACGUGCCUUGGAGGCUGUGGAAGAAGGUAUGGGCGCCAGUGCCUAGCCCCAAGAGUUUCUUCCAGCCCCUGUACAGGGAACACAGCGGGGACUUCAAGAAAUGGGUGGCCACCCCUUUCACGGCCUCCAGCCUGGAACUGUCCCAGAGCCCCGCAGCAGCGUCUGUCCUACAGAUGCGUGACAACUGCCUGUCACCACAUCCAGCCAAGGGACUGGAGUUCCCAGGACUGCUGGGUCUAGAAGAGCAGCUGGAGUGUGAUGGGGUGUCUGAGUCUGGCCACUGGGGCAUGGCCCCCUCAGCAGCUGGCCCAGGGGGCUCAGUCUACAGUGAAGAGAAGGAACGGCCAUAUGGCCUGCUGUCCAUCGACACAGUGACUGUGGGGGAUGCAGAGGGUCCAUGCACCUGGGCUUGUACCUGUGGGGAUGAUGGCUACCCAGCUCUGAACCUAGACAUUGGCCCAGAGUCAGGCCCCAGUGCAAAGGACCUGCUCCUGGUCACAGGGACAACACUCCUAUCAUGUGGCUGUGUCUCAGGAGGUGGCCUUGGGCUGGGCAGCUCACCCAGCAACCUCCUGGACAGGUUGAAGCUUCCCCUUGCUGAGGAAGGGGACUGGGCAGCAGGACCACCCUGGGGAGAUGGGUCCCCAGGAGAGGGCUCUGAGAGUGAGGUGGGCUCACCCCCGGGCCUGGACAUGGACACCUUUGACAGCGGCUUUGCAGGCUCAGAGUGCGGCAGCCCAGUGGAGAGUGAUGGAGGGCCUCCGCGUAGCUACCUCCGCCAGUGGGUGGUCAGGACCCCUGCAUCUGCCGACAGUGGACCCCAGGCCAGCUAG